AUGAAACACAUCUCUCUGUUAGACUUGCCUAGUGAAAUUAUUCAAAGGAUUAUCAAUCUUUCUUCAACCAUUCCAGAACGACAAGCAUAUGAAUGUUGGUCUUAUCCAGAACAUAGCUAUUAUGAUCUCAAAUCAAUUGCACUCUGUUGCCGUCGUCUUUAUCUCUUAUGUCUACCCUUUUUAUGGAAACAUAAGGAGUUUAUUUUACCUGCACAAGACGACCAAAAGACAGACAAUGAUAAUGUACAUGUAGCCACAGAUAUUUUAUCUAAAAAAGCACAGUUUCAAUACAGUUAUUUGGGAGACUAUGUACGCUCACUUUACCGUGACUUGACCAACAGCCCUUAUUUUGAUUUACAUAAUUCGAUGAUUAUGGCUCAAUUGGUGUCCAACUUAAAAGCACUACGCAUCGAUUUCCAUCCCAUGACUCGUACUGAACAUUAUGGGUUGCGUUAUUUUGUAGAGCAUUGCCCUCAUCUCGGUGAGCUUUAUCUAAGUCAUUGUUGUGAUACUUUUGACGAUUUUUCAUCACUUAUUACUUUUCAACCUCCUUUGAUCUCACUCACACUUGUACACUGUACUAUCAAACAAACGACCUUUGAUAAACUAGCCGAAUUCUACAGUGCUUCACUAGAGAGUGUCUUUUUGGAACAAGUCUUGGUUGAACCAGAUCAACAAAGCCUAUUUCCUUAUCAACCCACAUCAAUCCCCCAAAGUUUAGUCCAGUCUUUAUUUCAAUCAUCUCGUCUUGUCCAACUUGCUCUAACGACAGACUCUAUGUCUAUCUCUCUUUUGUGUGUCUUGGUAGAUCAUGCACCCUACAUGGAAAAACUCACUAUCAUGUUAUACGAACUCAUACCUGUUUAUGUUCAACGCGCUAUUGAAACACUUUCCAGACUUGUUCAUCUCUCAACACUCUCCCUUAAAUUCAAUCAAUGCUAUCCAGAAAGUGGUGAAUAUACAAAGCUACCAUGUCAUGCACCCAGUUCAGCAUGGACUUUGUUUGCUACACAAUUUCCCAAACUCCAAUUACUUCAUAUUGCUACGACACGGCUACUUGUGACGCUUGAUUUUAUACCUAUUUUGUUGCGUUCUAGCCCUCUGUUAAAGAAUAUCAUGAUCCAUAACUUAGCCUUAGUGACAGAGCCCUACACCCAUGCCGCUGUUGCAAAAGGUCUCACAGACGACGUGAUGGCUACGCUUGUGCAUAAUUUUAACCAAUUCGAUAGCCGAGUAAAACAAGCUAUCUUAUUGGGUAUUAUUUGUAUGAGAAGAACAGACUUACUUGCUCUUGGAGAUGAAUUAACAAAGAUCACUCACAUUGCUAUGAAUGAUACUGAUGAAUUCGUCAAGACUUCUGCUCAUAUUCUUCAACAUUAUCCAUUGAAACAGCAGUUUGAUUUAAAUGUGGAUGUCUGGUCAAAUGGGUUCAGAGGUUUACUCCAAUCGAUUGGUACUUCAGUCAAACAAAAAGGAUUCAAUUUCCAUCCACUCGAAGACAUGAUCAAACAACCUGCUGCUCGUCAAGCACCCGCAUGUGUCUCUUCUACCUAUCAAGAUUACAAAUUGACAAGCACACAGCACUUUAACUUGACAUCCAAUCCAAACGAUAUCAUUUCUUCUGAGGCAAGACAUGCACGUUUUAAGGAACUGGUUGAGAUGGAAGAAAGAUCAGAACAAGCCGAAGUUCAAGCUGCUCAAGUGGUUGCUCAAAAAAGAGCGGGUGCUGAGUUAGGCAGCAUGGCUAAACGUAUGGCUGCUUCACCCACCAGCAACAGUCAAAAUCCUUUCCCUUAUCCACCUGCUGUUCAUCAUCGUAACACCAUGCCCCCAAGCCCUGGUGGUGUUCCAAUUAGCAGACAAGGUUCUGUUCCUCCAAGAAACUUUGCGCUUGGUCAACCUCCCGCACCUGGCUCUUCUUCUUUGUUCACAAAGCGUCCUGCAAGGCCUUCACCUGGUGGUGGUAAUGGAUUAUUUAUCAAACAAAACAAACCUACUGGAGGACAAAGACCUGUUCAUCGUGCUUCUAUUGGUAAUGCAGCUGCUAAUUUACCAAGAGGUUUACAACGUGUACAAAAGACACAAAUGCUUGACUUCAAUGCUGCUACUCAAUUUGAACAAGAUCAAGCAAAUGCCAUGAAGAAGGCGCAAGAUGACAUGAAAGCAAAAGCAGAAGCAAAGAAACAAGAAGUGGCUGAACGAAAGAGAAAAGCACAAGAAGAGAAGAGAGAAAGGGAUGAAGCAAAACGAUUACAAAAGGCUGCUGCUGCCGCAGAGAAAGCAGCCAAAAACACAGUGUUACCCAGAUCACCUAUCUCUAGACCUGCAUCACCAAAGACGCCUACUUCGCCUAUAUCACCUAAAAUUAAAGAUGAACAUGUCUUUAUGUCAGAAUUGCCUCAACAACAGCAACAACAAAACUCAAAUGACACGAAUGAUAAUUCACCUGCUCGUAGACUAUCUUCUGGAAAGUUGACUACUUUUUGA